CGCUCCCCAUUCGCUGAGAAAUCGUCCGCGGGUUCCCAUUGGCGGCAGAGCGCCGGGCGCUCGGAGCGCUUCCUGCUUCCGGCCGGCGGGGCGGCAGAGGGGAGCCGGGGCGGCGGAGGGGGAAGGCGCGCUGCGGGCGGGGCCGGGGCCGGGACCGCGGCCGGGGCCUGCUCCGCGCCCGUCCCGUCCCGUCCCGUCCCGUCCCGUGCCGUCGCCCCGCGCCUGCUGGGGGCUCGCCGGGCUCGGGGCGGCGGCAGGAUGUCAUCGCCUUGCCAUACCUCUGCUGUGCUGGUGGUCUUCAUGGCACUUGUUGUUGGUGUGGGGGCUGAACCAUUGAAAGAGCAGAGCUGCGAUGUGGUCGGUGAUGAGAGCAGUGAGUCACAAAUGGAAAAAGCCCUGCUGAAGAAACUGGAACCCCUGAGCCAAAUAAGGUUUAACGCAACUGUGGAGAUAGGCGCAGCAGAAAACUACACCUACCAGUUCAGGGUGUGCAGGGAGGUCGACAGCAGCUCGCAUGAUUUUGCUGGCCUAGUACAAAGGGAUAGAAGGACUGGAAAGACUACAGUAAUAGGAAGAAUCAAUGAAACCCAGGUCUUCAAUGGAAGUGACUGGAUCAUGCUGAUUUAUAAGGGGGGUGAUUCAUACGGUAGGCACUGCAGCGGUGAGAAGAGAAGAGCUGUGAUUAUGAUUUCUUGCAAGCGGGGAGUUACAGCGAGUUCGUUCAGCAUUGUUUCGGAAGAGCGUGAAAAGGAGCAGGACUGUUUCUACCUCUUUGAGAUGGACAGCAGCGUGGCUUGUCCAGCUGAGGAUUCCCACCUCAGCGUUGGCUCCAUUCUACUAAUCACAUUUGCUUCGGUAAUUGCAGUCUACAUUGUUGGUGGGUUCCUCUUCCAGCGCCUUGUAGUGGGAGCGAAGGGCAUGGAGCAGUUUCCUCACUUUGCCUUCUGGCAAGAUCUGGGCAAUUUGGUGGCGGACGGCUGUGACUUUGUCUGUCGAUCGAAGCCCCGAAAUGCGCCAGCUGCGUACCGGGGUGUGGGCGAUGACCAGCUGGGUGAGGAGUCAGAAGAACGGGACGACCACUUGCUACCAAUGUGAUGGGCUUUUGACACCGAACUCUUUUCUCUCCAGUGCUUGUUUAAUCGGAUGCUUCCCAGCCAGUUCUUCUCUCACUUCUGAUUUUCUUUGUAUGAUUUGCUUUUGCUGUCUCUGGUGUGUCAAAUCUCUUGGAUGCCUCUGGGUGUGAACAGCACUGGUCCCUGAUCAUGUGUCUUAUGAAUGUAAUACUGUUUUUCUUCAAAAAAGCAGCAGAGCUGGUGGGGGGCAAGUGCUGAGCGCUGAGAAGACUCAGGAAUAAAAGAUUAGUUAGAGGG